AUGAUCUUAACCACAAUAUGCGUCUUGUGCAUGCUCCCUCCCGCAACCGUCAUCGGAUGCAUCACCCUAUUCAUGGGCAUUGGAAAAAAAGAGAAAACCUCGAAGUCCACAAAAAGCCCACCGAAGUCGCCAUCUACUUCCACCGAGGCAGCUCAGGAAGUCGCAGAGCGCGAAGAUACGAGACUAUGGCAUGCCAACGAUCGCAAAUAUCUGUCGCUACAAGACAUCUCCAUUGGAUUUAACGAGCUCUUGCUUCGGGUCUCUAAGUCCGAUGUUAGCUUGACCGUAAAUAUGGCCUGGCUGUAUAAGCAAGGCUACUUCCCUCAGCUCGAUAUCAGAUCGGAUGUCUAUUUUCGUCUGCGGAAGAUAUGUGGUCGCCCCGCCCGCUACAGCGCUUACGUUAUGUAUCUUGUCGUUAAUGGCAAGAUCGUCCUUGAGGGCAGGGGCAUAGGGAAGGAGGAGGCUUUUUGUGGUCUGCGUUUGGGGGUUUCGGAGAUGAUGACUGAAGCUGUGGAAAGGAUUUUGGAGUCGGAAGUGGCUUAG